AAAGGCACCAACCAGCAGCCGCUCCAGCCUUGCCGAAGUUUCACUUUUUGUCUGUGGGUUCGCUCCCGGGCCCCGCGCGAGCUUUCCCGGGAUAAGUAGCUUUAGCGAGCGGGGGAGAGCCGGGCGCUGCAAGUUUUCCAUAGGUGGGAACACUGAGACUCAGAAAGAGAACCGAAGACAGAAUCCAGUCAACUGAUUCCCAGUCUAGCACCUUUUUCAUUGUUCUACUGGGCAGUCAUUGGAGGGAAGAUAUUUUUCCUCAAUUGGGUCUUGCUCAGGGCCAUCUGUGCACGUGGUUGUUGCUCAAGAAAUGCCUGAUGGAUUUAAGUUACUAGACAUUAAAUUAGAUCUGCCCACCAGUUCUUAAGGAGUCAAAUUAUACAAAUGAUGUGUUCCAAAACUACAAAAGAAGACCCUCGCAUUGCAGUUUGCUGAACCUUGUGUCCAGUGACCAUUCUGAGAGCUAGCUAUCUGAGAUUCCAACCAUGUCUCACCCAUCGUGGCUGCCACCCAAAAGCACUGGCGAGCCCUUUGGCCAUGUGCCUGCGCGGAUGGAGACCACCCAUUCCUUUGGGACUCCCAGCAUUUCAGUGUCCACGCAACAGCCGCCCAAGAAGUUUGCACCAGUGGUUGCUCCAAAGCCCAAGUACAACCCCUACAAGCAAUCUGGAGGUGAAGGUGAUUUUCUCCCACCUCCACCUCCACCUCUAGAGGAUCCCAGUACUCUUCCAUCUGGCUCUGGAAACUUCCCUCCUCCACCACCGCUUGAUGAAGGUUCUUUCAGGGCACAGGGAAAUCCUGGAGGCAAGACCCUUGAGGAGAGACGUUCCAGCCUGGAUGCUGAGAUUGACUCGUUGACUAGCAUCUUGGCUGAUCUUGAGUGCAGCUCUCCCUACAAGCCUCGGCCCCCCCAGGGCUCAACUAGUUCAACAGCCUCUCCUCCAGUCUCUACCCCUGUCACAGGACACAAGAGAAUGGUCAUACCAAACCAACCUCCUCUAACAGCAACCAAAAAGUCUACAUUGAAACCACAGCCUGCACCCCAGGCUGGACCCAUCCCCGUGGCUCCCAUUGGAACCCUAAAACCCCAGCCUCAGCCGGUCCCAGCCUCCUACACUACGGCAUCCACCCCUUCAAGGCCUACCUUCAAUGUGCAAGUGAAGUCAGCCCAGCCCAGCUCUCAUUACAUGGCUGCCCCUUCACCAGGACAAUUUUAUGGUCCGGGGCCAGGGCCCCAGGGUUAUAACACUCAACCAGUUCCUGUAUCUGGGCAGGUUCCACCUCCUUCAACCCGGGGAGGCGUGGAUUAUACAUAUGUUCCACCACCAGGACUUCAACCUGAGCCUGGGUAUGGGUAUGCCCCCAACCAAGGACGCUAUUAUGAAGCCUAUGGCCCAGCAGGGCCUGGCUAUGGGGGCAAAAAUGACCCUGAUCCUGCCUAUGGUCAACAAGGUCACCCAAAUACCUGGAAGCGGGAACAAGGGUAUACUCCUUCUGGAACAGGAAACCAGAACGCUGCUGCGAUGUAUCCAGUUGCUGGUCCUAAGAAGACCUAUAUCACAGAUCCCGUUUCAGUCCCCUGUGCACCACCACUGCAAGCAAAGGGUGGACAAACAGGAUCACUGGGGCCUCCGGCUGCUCCCCCCUCAUUCCGCCCUGAAGAUGAGCUCGAGCACCUCACCAAGAAGAUGCUGUAUGACAUGGAAAAUCCACCUGCCGAUGAAUACUUUGGCCGCUGUGCUCGCUGUGGGGAAAACGUAGUUGGGGAAGGUACAGGAUGCACUGCCAUGGAUCAGGUCUUCCAUGUGGAUUGUUUUACCUGCAUCAUCUGCAGCAACAAGCUCCGAGGGCAGCCCUUCUACGCCGUGGAGAAGAAAGCCUACUGCGAACCCUGCUACAUUAAUACCCUGGAGCAGUGCAGCGUGUGCUCCAAGCCUAUCAUGGAGCGGAUUCUCCGAGCCACCGGGAAGGCCUAUCAUCCUCACUGCUUUACCUGUGUGAUGUGCCACCGCAGCCUGGAUGGGAUCCCGUUCACCGUGGAUGCUGGCGGCCUCAUCCACUGCAUUGAGGACUUCCACAAGAAAUUUGCACCCCGAUGUUCUGUGUGCAAGGAGCCUAUCAUGCCAGCCCCGGGCCAGGAGGAGACUGUCCGGAUUGUGGCCCUGGAUCGCGAUUUCCACGUUCACUGCUACCGCUGUGAGGAUUGUGGUGGUCUCCUGUCUGAAGGAGAUAACCAAGGCUGCUACCCUUUGGAUGGACACAUCCUCUGCAAGGCCUGCAACUCCGCCCGCAUCCGAGUGCUGACCGCCAAGGCCAGCACCGACCUUUAAAUUCACUCGCCUGUUGUAGCUGGUUAGCUGCUGGUGCGGAGAAGAAUGAAACACAAGAAAAAGAGAAGAAAAGAAAUAGGAAAAUAGAGGAAAGGCUAUCAAGCUAUGGGAUGGUCUCUGUUCUUCAUCUACUAUUAACCUUUCUUUAGAAACACAUAGAUUAUGAGAUUUUUUUUUUAAGUUCUUACCAAGUACACAUUUCACAUUUAAUCAUGUAGGACCUUGAUGGGCCUUUGUUCCCAAGGAAUUCCACAUUUUUGCACGGAUUAUGCUCCAUCCCAUUCACUUCUGCAUUCCUGUAACUUUUAAUCCCUAUGUUUGUCUCACUUUUCAUCUGGUUGAGUGGCUUUUUUUAGUGUGGUAUUUGCUAUCACACAGUUUUUCCUGGGUGAGUCUGCCAACUCACAGGUGCUUUUAGGCCUGAAGGCUCCAACCUAUCACUUCCAUGCUGCCUGUGAUCAUAAAAGAAUAGCCAUUCUUUUUCUGUGUUUUGAAAAGUAUAUCUUUCUGUUGCUCUAAAUUGAAAUGUCCCUUGGGAAAAAAAAAUGCACAAUUUAUAUGUUAAGCUAUAAAAAAUUUAAGCUGUAAGUUACAUAGGUUAAAACAAGCCCAAAUUUAAUUUAUGACCAUCCCAAUACAAAAUCUAUAGUGACCAGUGGUCAGGGCUCAUUUGAAGACAGGUAUUGGUGAGAGAUCCAAAGUUCAAUCUUUUUCUAAACAAAUUACAGGUGAAACAUGCUGGAAAAAGCAUUUUGGGGCUAUGUUUGAAAAGCCCAUUAUUAUCCCACAAUAUUAUCUUAAGAUUUUCCUUUUCCGUUCUCUCUGGACAUAAUAAUCCAGACAGACUUGAUUUUGUCUAGAAUAUAACAUUUCCAAUACUGUCCUGCUUUCAGCUCAGAAAUAUUGCCAUGUUUUUCUAAUAUCCAACACAACUACCAAAGUUGACUACUUCUCUAGAGGAAAUAGCUGUAAAGAACAGAUCAAAUUCUUUUUUUUCGUUAGGCCCAGGUCCUUUAUGCCUGACGAUCGCAAAUUGGGGCAUGCAAAAUAAAAUUGUGUAGUUUUGUUUAAUUUACUUUAAAAAGACAGGAAAACUUGAAAAGAUUAUAAAACCACAGUUUCAUUAUUCUCAUAAUCCUUCUGCAAUUCAAAUUACAUAUUGCAGGAGACAUUUUCAUAUCAUCGAUGUGACAUUUACACCACACUUGCAAAAACAAUCACUGAAAAAAAUUGCCUUUCUGAGCUAAAAAUAUGCAGAGUUUCUGCCUGGAAUCUUUAUUCAGACUCUUAUUGGGCAGUGGAACGCUUGCUUGCCAACUGCAGAACCAUCCUUCAUUAGGCUCAAACAUGUUUCUUUUGAGGAGAGACACCUAUCUCAGUAAUGGCAGGUUGCCGUUUUGUAAACUAAUUAUUUUGGAUUGAGAUUUCUUAAACCUUUCUUCAAGUCUUCCACAAGUAUGUACUUUUUAAAUUAUGAGGUAUUUUAAAUAUACAGAAAAAUAUAAAUAAUAAUAUAAUGAAUCCCUGUAUACCUAAAACCCAGUUUAAGAAAUCAAAUAUAACAAAUAUAGUUACAUUCCCUUUUGUACCCUUCCCUGAACCACAAAUGUCUUUUUCAUGAUUAUAAAAUGAUAAAGUCAGUUUUCCAGUCUGACUUUUUGUUUUAAUUUUUAAUUUUAAGACUCAGAACAGAAAUGAAAAAUUACAAGUGCAUGUUUUGAAUUGCGACCCAUGCCUCAGGAAUUCCGAUUCAACUUAUUUUACUUUUGUAGGAAUAAUCGUAAAAGUGGUGCAAUUUUUUUUUUUCCAUAAGAAAUUCUUAAGCCUGUGGUCACUACAACUCAUCUAAGUUAAUUUGUGGCUGAGUUGCUUUGGUCACCUAACAAUUUUGUUUUAGAGCCACCAAAGUUAUAGGUUUUCAGAGUUUCCUUCCACCACUGUCGUUCCCUGACCUUGCUGCUCUAAUCCUUGAUCUUAGGUUUCUCAUAAUGUGAAACACAAUGGGAUUCACUCUGGGCAGCAUGUGAAUUUUAGGAUACAAUAGCAACUGUAUUGCUGAAUUUCUGUCUUCCAAAUUAAAGGCCAGACCAUGCUGAUGACUUUCAAGAACACUGACUAUUAGACAAUUGGGGUGAUAAUAUAAUCUGCAUAAAUUGCUUCAGUAACUUGUUUUCUAUGAAAUAUUUGGGAGAAAUUGUCUUGAGGCCAAAAACCCAAUUUAUGGAGAGAUGGAUUUUAUCUGUUGAAGUGCAGUCAUAUUAUUAUAAAUUUUGCAGAAAGAGGAAGCAUUUAUGAAAUAUUUAUACUAUAAAAUGCAAUAACAUUCUACUUGUUUGUUACAUUUAAGUCCUUAUGUAACUGAAUGUUUACAUACCAAAAAAAAAGUGAUAAGAAAAUGCUGUCACAGACCCAUCACUGUGGCAUCGCCAGAAUCCUGCUUGCUUACAAUCUUCAUAGUGCAUUUUUAUCACAACCUCAGAGUAUCUCUACCAAAGAUUUUUAAAGUAAAUCUCUUUUUAAUAUAGACUUAUUAUACUUUUAUAAUAAUGAAUGUGCACACAUACAUAUGCAGAAGUAUUUAGAUUUAGAUUUUUUUCUUUCACACGGUAUAAUAAGGAAAGGAUCCUACAAUAUUUUAUUCCAAAAUUUCUUAAAUAUAUGAUUUAUAUUUCUUUCUUGUCUUUUCUAUUAAUCAUGUGGUUUAAACAAUGCCAAAUCACUCUUUACUGUUUUAGUUACAUGAAAUUUUGCCUAUAACAGAGAUAUAAAGAUCAUAUUACCUUAACGGUUAUAAUUCUAUUGUUUUUUGAUGUAUUGUCUUGAUUGUUAUCAUUUAAAUUCAUAUAAAUAAUAGAAAUAAUUAUAGAAUCUAUAAGAGAAAGUUUGUAAAAAUAUACUGGUUUAAAAAAAUGUCAAGAACACAUAUAUUUGGUAAUUUUAUGUAACAUGAGAGACAUGGAAAAGGGGGAAAAAAACCCACUAUGUCAUGGGCUUUGCAGACCAUUUCAAAACCAGAUUUCUUUAUUGCUUGGAUCCCCAGCUCAUGCUGACCCAAUGUAGAGUCUCAUCUGCAAAAAAAAAUUGCCUUUAAAACUCAAAAAUAAGUCACGUGUCCCAACAUAAGGCAUCAAGGCUAUGAGAUGCUGGAUAUCUCUGCAGCUCAAAGAUGUGGGUUCUUUUUCCCAUCAUUAACAAAUUGUUUCGGUAAGAGCAACUUCUCUGAUCAAAAUGACUUCCUUGAGUGUAUGCUGGUUAAUGCAGUAGAGUUAUCAACACUAUAAUUGUUUUCUCACGGUGAAAGAUUCUGCAAAGAUGUUUAUGAUGAUGUUUAAAAUAUAUAAAACUCUAACUACA